GUAAUGUUCAGUCGAAGAUGUUUAAAAUAGGUUUUAUCAAAGCAGCCUUUUCUCAUCCCUUUACCCUUUUCAAAGCAGGCGAUUGGCUAUGUUGGAAAGAUGGACUUCUCUAAUUUGGAACAAAUAAACUCACAUGGCAUAAUGCGCCAGGCGGUUUUUCUCUGACUCGGACCCCUACUUCGAAAACAGCAUCGUAAUGGCCGCCUCCGCAGCAGCUACGGCCACUGCCAGCACCGUUCCGAGCAUCGCCAAUGUCCGGUUUGAUGUCUUCUGCCGGUUUCUGGAGAACCUGCACCGCUCGCGCAAGAAAAAGGACAAGCUCGAAACCCUCUGGGGCUUCCUCCGUCCGGUGUCCGAUGGGGAUCUGUGGCCGGGAUUUCGCUUGAUGUUCCCGCACGCCGACCGGCACCGGGGGAAUUACGAAAUGAAGGAGAAUAAGCUGGGCAAGCUGGUCGCCGAGAUUCUAAACGUCCCGGAUCGGGAGAAAAAGCGGCUUUUGGGGUUCAAAGACGCGGGGCUGCAGGAGGGGUUUCGCUGUAUACCAGGGGAUUUCUCCUCGGUGUUGUUUUCCGUCGUGGAAAUCCGAGCGAACUACGCCUCGGCGGGAUUGACCGUCGGGGAUGUGAACUUAGUGUUAGACCAAUUAUCGGUGGAGUACGAGGAUAUUGAGGACAUAAGAGUUCCGGGGGGAGGACAAGCACAAGGGAAGGCUGCGAGUAUCAUCUCAGGCGAAGUCACGGAAGGAAAGAAUGACGCCACAACGUCGCCUCGCGGAGGAAAGAGUACCGCCGCCACAACCUCCGGGAGACCUCCAGCAACAUCAGAUGCUAGCGCCGAACUGCUUCAAGAGCUGCAGCGCGCGCGGCAGAACCCAGCGUUGUCCACCAUCAGUGCCUCGCUCACCGCGAACAUGAGCCGGAAGGUGAAGGAGAUCAACACGAAGCAGGACAAAGCGUCGCAUCGGGUGUUGCUCGCCGCCAUCCGGCGGAUGUCGCCGGUGGAGAUGAAGUGGUUGGCGAGGUUCAUUUUGAAGGAUACGAAACUUGGAUUCUCGGUGGAAUCCGUGUUGUCAAAAUUCCACAAGGACGCGAUCUCUCUGUACCAAGAAAUGGCGGAUUUGAAGAUGGUGCUGGACCGGCUCAGAGUGGGCGUAAACAACACGACGGAAUCGUUCACUUCGUCCGUGAAUUUUUUGUUCCAGAGGAUUCAGCCCAUGCUCGGUGGAAGACUAGGGAUCGAGCACUGCGACAAGGUUCUCUUUGAAAAACCGAAGGAGCAAAUCGCUGCUGCAAUUGCGGCAGCCGCGGAGAAAGAGAAGGAGAAGGAAAAGAGCAAGCAGAAUCUGAAUAAAGAUGCGGCUAGCAAUGAAGAACUUAUCCAAGCAGAAAGCAGUGGAAAAAAAGAAGACCCACUCCAGGGCGCCCAGACCGAACACCCUCCCCAGCCAGGGUACUUUGUGGAGACGAAGCUGGACGGCGAGCGCAUGAUUUGUCACAUCGACAAGUCGCAGGGGAUUCUCCAGUUCUUCACGCGCAACGGAAACGACUACACGCCGAGAUACGGGCCGCAAAUGAAGGAGACCAUUUUGAGUUGCUUCGGCGGCGACCAGGGGAUUUUGGACGGCGAAAUGCUCGGUUUCGACGAGGCUUUGCAGUGCUUUCUCCCGUUCGGCACGAAUCGGAACGUCAGCUUGGACCUGAGCGGCAAGACGCACUUGUGCUACAUGAUUUUCGACGUGUUGAUGUUCAAAGGGAGAAGUCAUGCUAAUGCGAGUGCUUCAUCCUCAUCCAAGGAUCCGCAUCCUGCUUCUACCACCACGACAAACAAAAUCUACGAUUUCCGGUCGAAUUCUCUGCAGCAGCGGAAGCAGGUCCUCCAGACCAUCAUCCGGCCGAAGCGCAACUGGGUGGAGCUGGUAGAACCCAGAGGGCCGUACUUCGACGCCAAGGAGGUCGAGGCGGAGCUGGAGCAGGCCGUGGAGCGGCGGGAAGAGGGCAUCAUGGUGAAGUCGAUUCACAGUAAGUACCGGUUCAAUUCCCGGAAGUCAGGCUGGUGGAAGCUGAAACCUGAGUACGGAAACAGGUACGCGGACCACCUGGAUCUGGUCGUCAUUGGCGGGUAUUUUGCGGACACGGCUGGGAGGAGGCGGGGCGGAACGGAAUUGGUGGACAACGUGUCGAAAUUUUUGCUUGCAGUGAGGGUGCAGGGAGAUGUUGACAAUCCCGGGGGAGAGGAUGACGAGGACAAUCCUGAACAAGACGCAGAACAAAUAGCGGAUGAUGGCAACGAAGAGUUGCAGGAGCUGCUUGCCGCCGGAAGGAGCGACGGAGAAAACAAUAAAAGUCUACUUGUUCCGAAUAGACUCGAGAAGCAAAAUAACGCCUUGUCCUCUAUGGAGCCGAAGCCGCGCGAGGUGGUUUGCUUCGCGAAGGUUGCGACCGGCUACAGCAAAGACGAGCUGGUGCAGAUUUGCGACCUGAUGCGCCCACAUGUGACGCGGUACGAAGCUGCGAAUCCGCCAAGUUGGUUGCAGUACAAAUUUCCCGCGCACACGAGGCCGGACGUUGUGUACAAGGAUUUGAACGACUGCAACAUUGUGUUUGAGAUCGAAGCAUCGGAGAUCAUGCGGUCCGUGGAUUUCGAAUUGGGGUACACGAUGCGGUUCCCAAGGUUCGUCUGCCUGCGGAACGACAAAUCCUUCGGCGACUCCAUGUCGUUCGAGGAACUGCAGCAGUUUCUGACCGCCGAAGCCGCGAACCAGAGAUUUUCUCUAGCGACCGGGGCGAACCGAGGGAAGGGGGAGGAGGGGGAGGCAGGAACAACGGAUGGGCAAAGUCGGAAAAGAACCAGGACGACGACAGUGCGGGUAGCGAAGAAGCCGAAGAUCGUCGGAAAAGUGGUGGCGCCGGCGGCCAUGCCGAUGGGCGAUGUUGUGUCUGACCUCCAGGGAUUGUCUUCACUGGCAACGAGCGGGGCGGCCGCUAUUGGGGAUGAUGAGGACCCAGAUACAUCUUCAAAAACUGGCGCUGCAGCAGGAGGUCAAGCUACUCCAGCACACCUGGAAAAGAACUAUCCGCACCACAUUUUCAGAAAACUACCUGGCACAACAACUUCUUCCUCAAGCCCCGAAUCUAUCCCCCAACCCGGCGACGUUUACCGCCAGCUGUUGCCCUUCGUCUGGCAGCGGCAGAUGCAGUUUGAGAAGGACAACCCUACGAUAGUUUCUGAUCUCUUCAAAGACACAGAAAUCUGCGUUUUGAAUCGGGUGACGAAAAGCACUCUGAGCCGACACUUUCCCACCGCCGAACAGCAGCUCCUCGACCAUUUACUCCGAAAACACGGCGCGAAAGUUGUGGCGCAGUUUUCGAAAAAUAGAACCGAUUUUGUCCUCGCGGGAGAAAUCGAUCUGCGGGUGCGAAACCAUUUCCGCAUGCACUACGAGCAGGACGUGUUGCAUGUUUUGUAUGUGCUAGAGGCACUGAUGUGGUGGUAUGGGCGGAAGGAGAAAAAUGAAAGCAAGCUGUUGUCAACGGCUGCUUUUUCGUCCACCGCUGCGGGCGCAACUACCUCCACGAAUGGACAACAAGCAGAAGAACAGGCACAGGAAAAAAAUCAAGUUCUGCAAGUCUUCCCUCCACGAAAGCGACAUUACUUGUUGACGAGCGACAGCACGAAGAGCAAAUUAGCCACGGCGUUCGACCAAUUUGGCGACAGCUUCACGACGGAGAUGACGAGGCUCGAUUGGGACCAAAUCGUGGUGGAUACCACGACAAGCAGUACGGUGAGCGGCGGAGGAGCUCCAGAUAGCAAUGAGAAUCACAACGCGCCCACUAGAGAGUAUUCUGAUCAGGAACUUGAAAAAACGAUCGCAGAGCUCAUGGCAUGACCAGCGCCAGCGGGGACUGUCAGCAUAAACAAUCAGUGAAGAAGUGAC